AGAACAGAUGAUGUCAAGUGGAUGAGGAAGCUGUGGAGGAGGCAUCCUUCAUCCCAACCUCCAAUAGCUCAUCCGUGACCUCUCGCUCGCUUUCUCGGUUUCAUUCAUUUGCCAGCGUUCCGUUCCAUUCCCACGUACGUCUCCCGGGCCCGGCCCCCCACAUCCUUGUCUCCAUGCGGAAACACCUCUCUCACCACCACGCACACCUAUAUUACCUGCCACUCGCUGUCGCUCUUAGCUCCCCCUCCUUCCUCCACUGCCUCUCGAUCCUCCUUGUCUGUCGUCUCAUCCUUCCCUAGCUAGAGACUGCAGAGUAUAGCGUCGAGGGGGCUCCGGUGGCAGACACCAUGGGUGAGAUCACCAACGUGAUGGAGUACCAGGCCAUCGCGAAGCAGAAGCUUCCCAAGAUGGCCUACGACUACUACGCCUCCGGCGCCGAGGACGAGUGGACGCUCAAAGAGAACAGGGAGGCCUUCUCCAGGAUCCUGUUCCGGCCUCGCAUCCUGAUUGAUGUCUCCAAGAUUGACAUGACCACAAGUGUUCUGGGUUUCAAGAUCUCAAUGCCCAUUAUGGUUGCCCCCACUGCCAUGCAGAAGAUGGCUCACCCAGAUGGGGAGUAUGCAACUGCACGGGCAGCAUCAGCAGCAGGGACUAUCAUGACACUGUCAUCAUGGGCAACUUCAAGCGUGGAGGAGGUCGCCUCGACCGGACCGGGAAUCCGCUUCUUCCAGCUAUAUGUGCACAAGGACAGGAAGGUGGUGGAGCAGCUGGUGAGAAGGGCCGAGAGGGCUGGGUUCAAGGCGAUCGCUCUCACCGUGGACACCCCGCGCCUGGGCCGCCGUGAAGCCGACAUCAAGAACAGGUUCGUUCUGCCGCCACACCUGACGCUCAAGAACUUCGAGGGCCUGGACCUUGGCAAGAUGGACCAGGCCAAUGACUCCGGGCUGGCGUCCUACGUUGCUGGACAGAUCGACCGCACCCUCAGCUGGAAGGAUGUCAAGUGGCUGCAGAGCAUCACCUCGAUGCCGAUCCUGGUGAAGGGAGUCGUCACGGCGGAGGACGCGAGGCUGGCCGUCCACUCCGGCGCGGCGGGCAUCAUCGUGUCCAACCACGGCGCGCGGCAGCUGGACUACGUGCCGGCCACCAUCAGCGCGCUCGAGGAGGUCGUGAAGGCCGCGCAGGGCCGCAUCCCGGUGUACCUGGACGGCGGCGUCCGCCGCGGCACCGACGUGUUCAAGGCGCUCGCCCUGGGGGCCGCCGGCAUCUUCGUCGGGAGGCCGGUGGUGUUCGCGCUGGCGGCGGAGGGCGAGGCGGGCGUCCGGAACGUGCUCCGGAUGCUCCGGGACGAGUUCGAGCUCACCAUGGCGCUCAGCGGCUGCACGACGCUGGCCGACAUCAACCGCAGCCACGUCCUCACCGAGGGAGAUCGCCUCCGCCCCACGCCCAGGUUGUGAGCGGACGCCCGGCGCCGCUGCUUUGCCUCGCCUACAAUGAUGCCGCGGCGGCCCCGGGGAUCGUAGCUCCAUCGCCGUGAGUCCGAUCGAUAAACCAUACUUCGUGGCACAAAAAAGAAUAAGGAACGUUACACCGCUUGCUACCGCCGCCGGAAGCAUGGAACCCCUCCUAAGCUGCCGCUAUAAAUUAAUAGCCAUUGAAAAUUAUUAGAAGAAGAGGCUUAAAUGUAAAAAAGAAAAAAGAAUAAGUCCCCCAUAUAACCUGUAUUUCUAGAUCCACCAAGGUCCGACUGGUGGGUGGAUGAUUAGGGUUACUUCUCAAUACAAUUUUAUUCAAAUUUAUGCCAUGGCUCAUUAGCCAAACAAACAAGGUCAUUGAGUAAAUUGCGACGUUCAUUGAGUAGCUUGAACAAGUACCGACGCAGCUUUUGAA